AUGUCUCCAAAAUAUGCAAUGGAUGGGAUAUUUUCGGUGAAGUCUGAUGUUUUCAGCUUUGGUGUUAUCUUGCUUGAGAUAGUAUGGAGACUAUCGGAUAAAGGCAAAGCAUUGGAUUUUGUAGACCCGUCGUUUAUCAGCUCAUGCUCAAGAAUAGAGGAAGUAUUAAGAUGCAUCCAUAUUGGGAUUUUGUGUGUUCAAAGAGAAGCAGUUGAUAGACCCACCAUGUUAGAUGUUAUUGUUAUGCUAGAAAGUGAUCCUAGAGAUCUUCCCCAGCCUACAGAACCUGCAUUUGCUUUGGGAAGAGUUGUGGUCCAAACUAAUCAAUCUUCCAUUGUCAUUUGUUCUGUAAAUACUAAUGUCAUACCUCAGUGA